CAGUUUUUAUACCAAAGGGACACCACAGGAACUGAACUUCAGAAAAUAUCAAUAUUAAGACAAUGCAACUUUAACAAAAGAGAAACAUUCACAAUCCAAUAGUGUUCCCAGGACAAUAGAGAGUUACCAUCAAGCAGAAUACUAGUAGUCAAAAGAUACUUUUACGGAUCUUUUUGUCUUGUUAUUUGCAGUUAGACCUAUGCAUGUAUAAUUAGGGCAAGAACUUGCAACAAACAUAUCAUUAAUCCAGUCAUACUGAGGGCUCAGCUAGAAGCGUACAAAGCUGUGUAGCAUUAGAUUUAGCGAAUGGCCCUUUGACAUGAUGACCAUUAUGUUCACUAUCGUAUAAAAUAAGUAAUAGUGUACUGUUUCCACCAUGAUGAACUGUUACUGUGCACAGCAUUGAACUUUGCUUCAUGUGACAGACCGCCUCUUUACGAAACAUACCGACGUUUUGGAGACGAUUGUUAACUUGUAGGUUUGCAGGAUCUUUCAAAUAUAUGGAUGAAAUCUGUUAUAUAUAUUGUGGAGGCACAAGGAGAGUCAAAGCCUUCAAUAGAAAUCCUUAGGUCUAUUAUUCAUGGUGAAAAUGUUUAUUUUUUCCUCGUACAACCGUCCAUUUGUGGUCGUUUGGCCACUUAACGACCACCCCCAUCUACUUGGUACCGUCCAACCACCUGUUGGCGUCUCGCCAAGUUGGCAGGCCUACAGGGUGAUGACGCCAUGGCCUGCCGCCAUACAGACGGAACAUGUUCAUGCUGUGUGGGCCAUUUACGAUAAGUGCCUUUGACUAUAAUAUUCAAUAAAUAGUUCGUAAAAUAAAUAAACGUAUAUCGAAUAGAAAAAUACUAAGUCUGAUGCGAUCCACAUAGGCUGGGGUGCAAAGGGCAAUGUUCUUCGUCGUCGCCCAUCGUUACGUGACGUCAGCCUUCCGAAACUGAGUUCUGAGAAACUGCUGUGUCCAGUUUCACACCCACCAGACGAGAUUGAUACAGAACAAGACGGGCUGUAUUUAGAUCUCAGUCUUACCGACAGUCUUGGCGGCACAAUGGCGAGUAAAAUACCGAGAUCUGCCGAGUUUGACGAGCGGUUCCUGACGUGCGCGAUCUGCAUGCUGCACUUCCGGGACCCCAGAAUCCUGCCGUGUCUGCACACAUUUUGUAAAGAAUGUCUGCAGCUUUGGGCCACCAAACAACAGCCGCUGGAGUGUCCAACCUGCCGCAAACCGGUCAGUCUACCAGACCAAGGUGUGGACGGACUGAAGAGCAACUUCUACGUCAGCAACCUGCUGGACUUCGCGGCCGUGAAGAAAGGGGCGGGGCCAGGUGUGCCGUGCCAGGUGUGCGAGGGGAAGGAGGGAGGGGCGCGGACAUGGUGCGUACAGUGUGCCGUUCUGCUUUGUGAGUCCUGUACAAACACACAUCGCAGGUUUCCCGCCAUGAAAGGGCAUCAGAUCGUGUCACAAGAGAACCUGGAGGCCUCUGAAGGUGUGCCCAGCGGCUUCAGGCGCAAAGUCUUCUGCCCGAAGCACGAAGACCAAGUCUUGACUUUCUACUGUGAACCUUGCCAGACUCUGGUCUGUGUCGCCUGUACGGUUGUCGACCAUCGGCCGGGUGAACAGCACAAUCCAGUAGAAAUCGGCGGCGUCGCCGAGAGAAAGAAACGAGACCUACAAGGACUGUUAGAAAAAGUCGAGCCUCGAGAAAAAGUCGUGCGGGCUGCGCUGAGUGACGUUGAGACAGAAAUAUCAGAGUUACCAACAUCGGCAGACGCAGCGAUCAAAGAAGCCACCGAAUAUUUCGAUCAGCUGAUGGCCUUGCUUCAAGACAGGAAAGAAGAGGUCGUCGCAGAAAUCGGCUUACGUCGCCAGGAAGUCGGAAAAUAUCUGGAAGAGCAGAAAGAAGAGAUGGAGUUCGAGCUGGCCGGACUGACGAGCGCGUCUGAGUUCUGUAAGCAAGCCUUGGAACACGGCAGCGACGUGCACGUCAUCGAGGUCGAGGGUCAAGCACGACAGAGGGUGGAAGAGCUGCUGACAACUCCAACCGACCUGGCAGCCCGACCGAGUGUCGUCGUGUUCUCGGAGGGGACGGCUGUGGCGGAGUUCAGAGAUGCCGUGGCCAAGGCAGGGUGCGUACAAGUCACGGGGAAGGUAGACGCAUCUAAAUGCUCACUUGAAGUAAAACCUGCCGUUGUAAAGUGUACAAACGUCUCUCUCCUUGCCAUAAAGGACAAAAACGGACAACUUUGCUCUGUGCCCAAAGAUGACGUCACAACCACCCUGACGGACCCCUUUGGCCAGACCGUACCCACACAACUGCAGGAGAAGGGCAAGGGAUUGUGGGAAAUCUCCUACACACCUGAGGUCUCGGACAAUCACAGGUUAGAUGUCAGGGUUAAGGGUCAGUCUGUGGCGGGAAGUCCGUAUGACGUCAGAGUGCAAAGCAGCCACACCCCAGUCUUAACUAUUGGAAGAGAAGGCAGUGGGGAGGGACAACUUUCCUAUCCAAUAGACGUAGCAGUGGACAAGGACGGUAACAUUGCAGUGUUGGAAAACGGGAACAAACGGGUUCAGAUAUUCGAUACAAAGACUGGCCAGUCGCUUCGUAGUUUCCCUGUGGUUGGUGAGUAUCCAUUCGGCAUUGACAUUGACUCCGACGGACAGUUUAUUGUGACGUCGCGAAACCAAUUGUUCAGCACUGACAAACAAGCCAUCGAUGUGUACUCGCGAGAAGGGGAGCUUACAAAGACCCUGAUACCGGACUGUCUACGAAAUCCGAAUGGUGUUGCAGUUCUGAAGGAUGGCCGCAUGGUGGUGGUGGACGACAGUCAGCAGUCGUGUCUCCUCCUGCAGCAUGACGGGAGCCUCAUCCGGGAGAUCGGCAAGGGGCAGUUACAGGGUCCAGAGUUCAUAGCGGUGGACGAAUCACGUGAUAUGUUCUUUGUCACUGAUUUCCCAGCUCAUAAAGUGUUCGUGUUUGACCUUGAGGGGAAUCUGAACUUCAGCUUUGGUGAAGAGGAGGAGAAUGAGGGAGAGCUCCACUGUCCAACCGGGAUAACAUUAGACCCGGCAGGUAACAUCAUUGUAGUGAACUAUUGGAACAACCGUCUGCAGGUGUUCCGGCCGGACGGGACGUACCUGAGAACUGUGGCCAUGGUGAAGGGAGAAGGGCCCUGGGGAAUCUCGCUGACACCGGGUGGCUACAUAGCUGUAGCGUGUUCAGUGGGACAUUGUGUCGAGUUGUACACGUACAAAUAGCAUAAAGCACCCCUGAUGAUAACCAAAUUGUGAAACAUUACAGACUGUCCAGUUUUGAUACCGCAGGAACACCACAGGAACUGAACUUCAGAAAGUAUAACCACCAAUAUCAAUAUAAUGUACUUUUAGCAGAAUAUAAGAAACAUUCGCAUGCCAAUAGCGUUUCUGUAUGGGACAAUAGAGAUUUACUAUCUAAAUGAGAACAGAAAGAUGUUUUUUCUCUUGUUUAUCGCAAUUCAAUUAGGUUUAUAGGGCAAAAGCUUGCAACAAACUAAUCAUCAUUAAUCCAGUCAUACUAUGGGCUCAGCUCGAAGCAUAUACAAAGCUGUGUAGCAUUAGAUUUACUUUGCUUUAUUUAGUGACAGACCGCCUCUUUAUGAACAGAUACAGACGUUUUGGAGACGAUUGUUAACUGUUAUGUCUGCAGGAUCUUUCAGAUAUAUCGAUGGAAUCCGCAUACAUCCUGGAAAGGCACAAGAAGAGUCAAAUUCUUCAAUUAAA